ACUUUUUUCGUGUCCCUAUCUGUGCCUGAUAAUUUAAUUGAAGCUCUCAUUUCUUGGUUUGUUAUUUUAUUUAGUGUCCUGUAAAUCUUAAAAUAAUGGAUGAUUUCGGUGAUAAUUUUGUUCAACCCGAAGUAGACCCCGCGGCGGAGUUCUUAGCUCGCGAACAGAACCAGUUGGCAGGGCUAGAAGAUGAGUUGGAGACCAGUGCUCCGCCCCCCAUUAUUUCCUCCUCAAACGGCCUGGUGGACGAUUUCGUGGAAGUGCCAAGUGCGUCAGCAUUCGACUCGAACGGGCUUCUAGAUGACGAGCCCAUCCAGACAUCCGUGUUCAAACAGGAGAGAGAAGAGCCUGAGAAGAUCAAAGCCUGGCGCGAGGAACAGAAACAAAGAUUGGAGGAGAAAGAUGCUGAGGAAGAAAACAAGAAAGAGGAGAUGCUUAAAAUAGCCAAAAAGGAGUUGGAGGAUUGGUACAAAACUCAUGAGGAGCAGAUCGCUAAAACUAAGGCAGCUAACAGGGAGUCGGCUAAGAAUGCCGAAAAGGCCUUGGCACGUGGAUCGGAAGGUACUGUGGAGGAUGGUAAUGAGUGGGAACGCGUCGCUGAGCUGUGUGACUUUGGGCCGAGGCGUGGCCGUGACGUUGCUCGGCUUAGGUCCAUCGUGCUCCAGUUGAAACAGUCUGGAGUCAGACCUAAGCACCCACCGCGCACUACUAAAGUAGCCUGAAGUGUCAGCAAAAUGUAAAAGAUACAUUAUUGCAAAAAUUGUACCUAAUCAUCAGUCUCGGUAUAUAAAAAUCACACUUAUAAUUAUAAUAAUUUAGGAGAAAUUUACUAAUAUAAAAGUUGUUCCACUGCUGUUUAAUAAUACUGGAAUGUAAUAACAACCAUAAUAGUGUUAUUUAUUUCAUUUUAUAUUGUAUUAAAUGAUGUAUAAAUCAUAAAGGCGAACUAUUAUUAGGACUAGUUAAGCCACGUUUUUGUCAUAAUGUUAAUAAAUAUCAUUCCAAAAUAAAA